GUGAUUUCAAUAACAUUACCUCGCAGGAGGAAAAAUGGGGGCGUCAUUUUGCAAACUCAUCAAAAGCGGGGUUCAGAGAAUCGUCAAGGUAUGGUUGUUCUGGGUUAUGCUGGGAACCCAUACACUUGGUCAAACAAGAAGGAUGGGCCUUGCAAAUAUCAAAGAGAGGCUAGACAAGGAGGUGGUGAAUUUGAACUGGAGAACCUUAUUCCCAAGGGCGAUUGUGAAACACCUCCCAGCUAUAGAAUCUCAUCACUCCCCUCUUCUCCUAAACACUUUAGGGGACCAGCAAAUCCUGCCAAAACCCUUCAAAUUUGA